AUGUCAACACACAGUACAUCCCUGACUGCGCAAGAUCCUCAAAUCCACCGAGCUUCUGCCCCCGGAACACCUCAACUUCUCUCUCAGCCAGGAACACCAAAUCACGAAUUCUCCCAUACAAGUAUACCAAGUGACCGAUUUUCAUCACCAGGGGAAGCUUCUUCAAUUUCAGAUGGCUUAGAUAUUGUACCUCCAAGACAGCGCCGUUUUAAGAGUGCUAGGCUUAUUGGCGACUAUGAAAAGCCAUGGCUAGGAAAGGUUGCUACAGAGGGAAAACGCAAGAAGUGGUCUGGACGAACUUGGGAUUCAAUAAUUUUCUGGACAAGUAUUAUCAUUGGCUUUGGGCUUGGCGGCAUCAUGUGCUACAUUGGGUUUACAUCAGUCCCAAACAAUCCAUACUGUCUUAUGUUUGAAGACGAUUUCCAUAACAUAGACCCCAGUAUAUGGAGUUAUGAGAUUCAACGAGGCGGCUUUGGUACUGGAUCCUUUGAAUGGACCACAAAUGACCCUCAAAAUGCUUAUACUGAUGCCGAUGGGCUUCAUAUCGUCCCAACAUUGACAGUCAAUUCAACAAAUAUUACACCUGCUCAGAUUUUGAACGGGUAUACAUUAAACUUGACUACCGACAACAGGCCUGAUGGCGUGUGUACAUCUGAUGAUGCGGGCUCUUCUUGUUCUAUGUACAGCAAUAUUACCGCCGGUACCAUUAUAAAUCCGGUUCGAAGCGCAAGGUUGUCGACCAAGGGGAAGAAAACCAUCAAAUAUGGCAAAAUUGAAGUCAUUGCAAAGAUGCCAAAGGGUGAUUGGUUAUGGCCAGCGAUAUGGAUGAUGCCAGAAGACUCUGUUUACGGACCAUGGCCUGCUAGUGGUGAGAUAGAUCUCGCUGAAAGUAAAGGUAAUGAUGGGGCUACAUACGACGGAGGUCGAGACAGCAUUAUAUCUGCUUUGCAUUGGGGCCCAAUUCCUCAAGUAGACGCCUUCUGGAAGACAGAUGGAAAACACAAUAUUCGACGAACCGACUACAGUGAAAGCUACUAUACAUAUGGCCUUGAAUGGAGUGAAGACUAUAUCUUCACCUAUAUCAACAGUCGUCUCUUGCAAGUAUUCUACCUCUCUUUCAGUAAGGGAUAUAACAGUAUGUGGAAUAGAGGAGAAUUCGGCAAGACAAUUGUGAACAACUCGGCAUUACAUGAUCCAUGGAGUCAAACGGGAAAUCCAGCCACUCCAUUUGACCAGGCUUUCUAUCUUAUUCUGAACGUGGCAGUGGGCGGGACCAAUGGAUACUUCCCUGAUAAGGUUGGCAACAAACCGUGGGGAGAUGCUAGUCUGACGGCCCCGGCAGAGUUCUGGAACGCUUCAAGUCAGUGGGGCCCAACGUGGGGGCCGCCCGAAGACAGAGGAAUGACUGUCAAAAGUGUCAAGAUGUACUCGCAGGGGACUUGCGGAAGCCCGAGCUGA